CCGCUGUCAGAGCACUGAGCACUGAGCGGCUACCACGAGUGGGCGGAUGACGCGUUCAAUGCGCCCACUUUGUUCACUUUACUCUGAUCCAACUGGCCUUUUUUUCAUGUAAGAGGCGCCGGCCGCAACCCGAGACUCGCUUGCGCUUGAGAGUCCGGCCUCGACCGUGCAGCAACACAUAGCCGGCCUAGACCACAGAAUAAUAGCGUUUGGGCCCCUUUCGCCGCCAACCGCUUACUAGCGGUUUUUAUUCCAUACUUUUCUUACUUACCAAAGGGCUUCCCGAUGCCCGACGACUCGAUCCGACCUCUUAUUCACGGCCGUUCCUUCUCACCUGUGCCGACUUCCCAAACUACCGAUAUUAUGGGCAACCUAGAUCCCGCUGGAGGCAGCGUGCGGAGGAAGGAGAAACCUUCAUGGGUGCUAGCAUUAUCCUAUGUUCUAGACUGGGUCGUCCUCAUAGCCUUUGCGGCCGUCGGCUACGUCCUGGGCGAUAUUGAGCCAAACAAGCGUCCAUUCUCGCUCGACGAUCGCAACAUUUCCUUCCCCUACACUCUCAACGAGACGGUGCCGGUCUGGCUACUUGUAAUCGUCGGUAUCCUUAUUCCCAUUGUCAUCAUUGCCGUCGUCUGCGUGGUCUUCGUCCCCGGUGCGACAGUACCUCCAGGAACGCCAAAGUCUUUGAUUUGGCAGCGCAAACUAUGGGAGCUACACAUGGGCCUGUUGGGCCUGGCCUUGUCCAUAGUCGCAGCUUGGUUUAUUACGAAUGGCAUGAAGAACCUUUUCGGGAAGCCGCGACCCGACCUCCUCUCCCGAUGUCAGCCCGAUCUUGACAAUUUCAAUGACUACAUUGUGGGCGGCUUGGUCACUGCAACCAACAAUGGGCUGCUUGUUAGCCCCAAAAUCUGCACGAACACGGACAGGCACGUGCUUGACGAUGGUUUCAGAAGCUAUCCGAGUGGACAUUCGAGCUCUUCGGCUGCAGGUUUAAUCUACCUCUCUCUCUUUAUCGCAAGCAAGUUCGCCAUCACGAUACCCUUCCUCGCCCCGGCCGGGUUCGCCGACGCAUCCGCCUUCACCGCUUUCCCCUCCCGCACGCGCCUCCCUAGUGCCAAAGUCACCGGUCCGGAAUCGUAUGAGCUUCGCAAUCUGCCCGCGCCCACCCCAACGACGCUAGACUCUGCGUUGGGAAACAAGGGUAUAGCACGACACAAUCAAGCCGUUGCCGCGGUCCGGCGACAAGCCGCGGCGCCGCCACUCUAUCUCCUGCUUCUUGCCUUCAUCCCAUUCGGGGCUUCUGUCUUCAUCGCAGGCUCGCGGUGGUGGGAUUUCCGGCACCAUGCCUUCGACAUCAUUUUCGGGUACCUGAUUGGGACCGUCACAUCGGUUUUCGCCUUCCGCUAUUACCAUCUACCGAUCUCGAGCGGCGCCGGUUGGGCGUGGGGCCCUCGCAGCCACGAUAAGGCUUUCUGGGCCGGCGUGGGGAGCUUUAGCUAUGCUACCGACCAUUUGCGCGGGCAGUACCGGUCGGGGGACGAAGAGGAGGCCCUUGGCGACGCUCCUGACUCUGAGUCUUAUGAUCGCGGCCGCGGUUUAAGUACCAGCAGCACCCCCCCGCCUGUCGUCUCUCAGCGGCAGGGUCAGGGGUUGGGGCCACGCCAGCACGACGGGGAUGAGGACACCUCAUAUUUGGGAGCGCCUAGGAUCUAAAAAAAGUGCAUUAUGCCGUCAUUCUCUUUUCCUUUUGUGCAUAUGCAUGGAUUGGGUCUCGAGCAUUUCGUUGCGCAAGACCUUACUUUAUGACAGUGAUGGGUUGUGUAU